GGACAUCGUCGCCUCAGUCAGUGCAGUGUUUUGUAAGGAGGUAGAAGUGUCGUUCGUUUGUUCCGUAAAUGACAUCGUAUUUACAAACUUUAUAAAAUUGUUUUGAUAGUAACACUUUUAAACUGUAAACCGCGUUAAAUGACCGGAAAAUCGUGGCUUGAUUUUUUUUAUUUGUUUUAGUUUUUCUUGUUUUAAUUUGUGUUAAACUCGUUAGUGCAGCCUUGUGUUUGUUGAUCGACGUUGUGUCGGCAGGAGUUAUUUUGGCGGUUAUGAUGUAACCGGCGGGUCCCAGGUUCGAUUUCCGUGGGAUGGGACAGAGCUGAAACGAUGCACACCUCUAUGAUGAUGACUGUCAAUUCUCCACCUGUUCCUCAUCGCGACAUCACUGGAGCAUCCGCAGCAUCUUAUAGGCCCUAUAAUGAAGAUUAUGCUUCCGUCCAGCGUCAAUUAGACCGACCAAUUCAAACUGAAAUCGAUGUCGAACGAACGAAAAAGGACAAAAAAUGGUCCAUUGGAAAACUUUUUAGAAGAAAAAAGAAAGAUGAAGAAAGUGGUUCAUCAUCACAAACCGACGAAGGUGGUACUCGUUCUCCUUCGAAAAAGAAAAGUAAAAAGAAAAAACGCACUCCUGCAGUCAAUAACUUUGAUCACAUAGUAAUUAGAGAUGGCAGACGCGCUCAAAGUUUAGCUAACUCUAAUAUACGAGAUACUAAUGACGAUGGAGUUCUCUCUGAUCCAUCAGCUGGAUUUAUCAAAUACAAAGAUAAGCAAGAAACAUACAGUGCUUCAAAAGAAUCGAUGCAAAUUAAAGAUAAUAUUUCAAGAGCCGGAAAGGGAAUAUUGGAGACACCUUCACGUAAAAAGAGGAAAACCAGACUGAAAGCGCGCGUAGAAGCUUUGAGAAACAGCAUGAGAGGAGAAUCAAGCAGUGAUGAAGAAACAUUAAAUUCCUCUUCUAAUUCUUCUUCUAUGAUUAGAUUUCGAAGUGAUGAUUCUCUGAUGAGAUCACGAGACAGUUCUCUAAAUAAAAGAUCUCGAAGCGCUCGUAACGAAAGAUAUAUUAAGAGAUUGUCACGCGAUGAAGAAAAUCUGUUAAAUAAGGAAGCAGAAUUACUUCAACAGGGCUAUACAAAAGCGGAAGUUGAAAUGUUGACAAGGACGCCGACAAGUCAGAGCAGUGGCUAUGGAACGUGUAAACGAGAUACGACGUCCAAAAUAGCUUCAGAACCAUUAGCUAUAAAUGAUAUUAAUAGGCGUUCACUAAAAUCUGAAUCAGUAUCAUCUUUCCCAUCUACACAAAGUUACCCAUCAUCCAUUAACUUUAACGCUAAAGUUAACAAUGAGCGUAUUAAUUAUUCCAUACAAUAUCCAAAUAAUAACACUAAUCGAGGAUCAUUAUACCUUAACAAUAACAGAGAGAGUAGUGUAUCAAACCAAUAUGAAACUCCUGAAAAUAUUAUGUGUGUAAAAUUUCGAUUAGGAAACGUUACUAAUAUUACAAAAGAAGAAAAAGCACCGCCGGUGCCACCUCCUCGUGAUAUGCAUCGAAAAGUAGUAACACCUUUGUCGAUGUAUUAUGAUAAUAAUUCCACUGUGGCCGAUAGAAGAACUAAUUAUAAUGUGAAACAUGGUGUUCCUAAUAAUGACUUUGAAAGAAUAAUGAGACGAAGUCAAGAAAGAUUAGUUGGUUACGGUCUCAACGGGUUGCGACGUCCUAUAUCGAAUUCUGAAGAUCAUAUAGCUAUUCAAAAUAAUGAAAAUAUUCAGAACUAUAUGGUUAAAAACGAGCAGCCCCGAAGACCAGCAUCGGUGUCAGCUGAACCCAAUCAUUAUGGUUCUUUUGUUAAUAGUCCUCCAUGGAGAAAACAGAUAAAUCAAACCAGUGUUGUAAAACCUGAAGCUGUUCAAUUAAGACAAGAUUAUUUAUACUAUGCCGAUCAAAGCCCAAGAUCACGUAGGCCAAUAAGUAUUAAAAAUACUUUAAACGGUUUACAAAACCAAUACCUUAGCGAUUCUCAAGUAUCAGUUAAUGCUAAUGAAAAAAAUAUUCAAAGACCAAGAAAUGCUUCAGAAUUUUGGAAAAAAAUUGAUGACGCAGAAAGACAGAGAAAACAACAAAAUAUAUUUGCGAAUUCAAGAAGCAGCAGUGAAUAUACAAAUUCUUCUCAAAUUAAUAAAUCUUAUCCAGAUCAAAAAAAGUCAACAUGGAAUAAAAUUAGAGAUAAUACUGAAAGUGCUGAUAGUUUAAAUAAAAGUAAAUCUAUUGAUAUUAUAGAUGGUGCUAGAGUAUGGAAAGCAACAACUGAGUAUAAAAGAUCGACUACUGUAGAGCCACAAAAAACUGUCUCUCCACCUCCAAAAACACACAUUCGUCACAAAUCAGAUACUUAUGUUUCGGGAACAUACCAAAUGCCAUCAGAUGAUGAAAAAAGUUCAGAAAGACGAAAAUCUACUAACCUUGAUGACGCACUCAAUGAAUUGGAGGCAAUUUAUAAUAGUUUGGGCUUAGGUGAUGAAGAUUUAUUAGAUAGAGCUGAGCGGCGAGAGUUAAUGACACCUAAAUUUUAUGACCAUUUAAAUGACUGGAAUGGUAACGAUGAUGAUAUACAAUUGAGAAGUCAACCUUCGACGCCACUUAGGCGAAUAUCGAGAAGAUCAACCUUACCUGAUAAAUUACAAGAUGAUAUGGCUUUUCGCAGAAUGAAUUCCUUUUCAAACAAAGAAAAGCCAAAUCACAAAGAUACACAGGCUCAAAUAAGUUAUAUGUUGGCUUCGCCUGUCUAUGUUCCCUAUGCAUCAGAUGACGACAAGCAAUCAGAACGUAAUGAACCAGAUAUAGUAUUUGAUGAUGUUGUUUACAGAAACAUUAAACAAACGAAUAAUCGACUCAAAACUGUUGAACCACAACCACCAUUCGGUAUACCUGUAGGUCCUAUUUCGCCAGCUCCACAAAGUGAUUACUUACAUGCUACACCCGAAAAUAAAGGACGAUCUCGUUUUGUGCCAAAGAGGUCACCUGAUAUUGUCGCUGAUGAUUUAGCUUACCGAAGUUUAAGAAAAGAUAGUAGACAUUCAUCUCUCUUUAACGGGGAAAAUUAUAAUGGCUAUGUUAAUAACAAUAGUUAUGCUGAAUUUCCCUAUGCAAAAGAUUCAGCUGCUAAUAUUAAAAAGAAACGAGCUGUGAGAUCUCUUUCAGCGAAUAUCUUUACUAUGAUACAAAAAGAAAUAGACGACGCUUUGAACAUUAGUAAGAUGCCGUCAUUACAAAAAACACAUAGUAAUAGUGAUGUCAUGAAGAGGCUUCGUGAUACAUUUGAAAAAAAUGAUAACCAAAAGGAAUACUGUCCUCGAAAUAAGGUAAAACAGCGACAUAAUACUGUCAAUUUAUUUGCCAAUAGCACCCACACACCUUCACAUCAUUUCGCAAAAGAUGACUCAUUCAUUUAUAACGACGAUAUAUGUCUUGCUAAACCACCAUCAUGUGAUAAAUCAAAAAGUUCAUCCCCAUCAAAUCGAUCACCACAAACAUCUAAACGGUCAUCAAAAGAUGAAUUUCAACAGGUUCUAAGUAUGUUAGCGCAAGAAGCUAUGGAUACUAGUAAUAAGUUAGGAGUCGCUUUAGCUGAAUUAGAUAAAAAUCGAAACAAGAGUGAGAUAUCAGACAUUCAGAAUAGAAUAUCAGAUAGUAGAACAAAUUUUUUGAACGGCUUAACUGCUAAAACAUGUGCAAAUUCUAUAAAUGAAUUAAAUCAAAAUACGGAAAAAUCACCGCAAACCUUAGAUACUGACGAACACUCUAAAGCAAAAAAAACUGAAGAUAGUUUACUAUUAAUAUCAGAUCAAUUGAAUAAAGUUGAAGACCAGUUAAAAUGUACUUUUGAUAAGGAAGUUCAGCUUAAAAAUGAAAGUUCAACAGUCUGUAAUAAAGACAAUUUAAAUAAAACAUUUGAAGAAAUAGAGACAUCUACAUUAUCAGUUGAAAAUAGUGUUAUUCCCGACAUUGUACCUCAAAUAACACAAAAUGAAAUGAUCGUAUCUGACACUACGUUUGAGGGUCGGGAAAACAGGUCUCCGCCGCGAUUCAAUUCUCUCAAUCCAUUUUUGAAUACUGACGAUAAAGUGAAAGAGCUAAAUGAAAUAAAGGCAUUUAAAGAAUUAAAGGAUGGGAUAUCUGAUUUAAUAGCGGGAAUAGCUGAGGUCAAUGAAAAACUUUUUGUUUCAAAAUCCUCAAAAGUUGAAAAUAAUCAGCCUCAAGCCAAUGAAUUAAUAACUACAAAGUGUAGCGAAGCUUCAAACGAAGUUGCAACAAAAGAAAGUCACAUAGAUUCAUCUAAUAGAGCAUCUAUUAGUUUAUCUAUAUACGAAGAUGAUAUAGAAAAUAAAAAAGAUACAGCCGAUUCAACUGAGUAUAAUUCUUCAGAAGAACUUGCAACGAUAUUUAAACUCGAUUUUAACAAAGAGACACAAUCCAAUAAUAAUGACAGUCAUAAUAAUAAUGACAAAAGAGAACGCAAUAAUUUAAACUCUCCGAAUCUUGUAAAGACAAUGAGUCAAAAUUUGCGGAGAUUUUCUGUAGAUGAAAGUACUAGUCAAAGUAACAAUACACUGCCAACUACCGUAGUCCCAUGGAGAGCUAAGAGGCAAAACAAUAAUUCACAAAACGAAAACAAAGGCGAUAAUACGAAGUCAAAGCGCAAUUGGCACGACUCAGGCACGUUGAUGUUAGCUUGUUCCUACACCUUAAUGUUCUCGCAGCACCUGGCAGACCUGGAUUGGUUGACGCUGCUCGGCUUGCUGUUGGCAAUGAUCACAAUCAUCGCUAUGCUUAUAAUUUGAUUUUAGACGCUAUAACGUAUUAACUCUAAGAAUGUUAUGUACCAUAGUUACGUUUUAAGUAUUAUAUAAAACGAACUUCUUAGGCACACAAAUUCAAACCUGGAAUAGAAUAAUGAAAAUCUUUUUUUUUUCGAAAUUUGUAAUAAGUAUUAAUAAAGUAAUUCAUUGAAAAAAGGUUUUAUUAUAUUGUAAAAAGAAUCGUGGUUGACAUUAAUAUAUUAUAUUAUAUUAUUUAAUACGAUUUUAUACUGUGAUUUUAUAUUUUAACUUUUUGUGCUUAUUUAAAUUAAAAAUUACCUUAAAUGUGUGCCAAAUAUGACCACAGCGAAUGAAGAUUAUAUGUUAUUUUUUACUUUCGUAAGUAAUUAUGCAUGACUUACCUGUUUGCAUGUUAAUUAUGUUCGUAAUGUCGUUGUGUUUUUAGAUUUUAUUAAUAUAAAGGUAAAAUAACAAACCAUAAACACCCCACUGCUGGCCCAAUGUUAUUUAGUUAAGAAUAACGAUUCGAUUAAUAUAUUGAAAUACAUUACUUGUCUUAUUGUAUAAAUGAAAGUUACAACGAAAACUUCUUACCUAUUUAACUUUUUAAAUAUUUUAUA